AUGGCGACCGAGGACGAGCGCUACCGGCAGUCGACCCAGUUCCGGCUCUGGUCCUUCUCGCCGGCCCAGUUAGCCGAGCUGCGCGCCAAAACAAACAGCCUCGCCAGGCAGAACAUCUCGGACCGCCUCGCCUCGUCGACGGCAUCCUCCUCUACCGUCGCAUCGGCGAACCCCUCCGGCUCCAACACCCCAAUACCCGGGGCAAACACCUCGACUCCUGCCACCGACCCGUCACAAGUCAGCGCAGCCGCCGCGCCCGCAGAUGUCCCGACCGAGUCCACCUCCAUCAACAAGCCCCCACUGCCCGAGUUCCUCACGCCCGCCGAGGAGGAGCAACUCCUGCGCUUCUAUACCGUCGAGUGCCUGCGCGCCGCCGAGUUCUGCCAGCUGCCCACCGAGAUUCGCGCCACGUCGGUCAUCUUCCUACGCCGCUUCUUUGUCACACACAGCAUCAUGACAUAUCCACCGACCAAGAUGCUCAAGACGUGCCUCUUCUACGGCUCAAAGGCCGAGAACUCGUACCCCCGUGUCAACAGCUUUGCAGAGAAGUUUCCCAAUACUACUGGCGAGGAAAUAUUGGCUGGAGAGUUCUUGCUGUGUCAGGGGCUCAGGUUUGCCUUUGAUGUCAGGCAUCCCUACCGGGCACUGGAGGGCGCCAUCAUGCAGUUGCGGUCCUUUGGAGAUGUAGAUGACUCCAAAAUCUCCAGAGCACAGGUUCGGGGCCGUGACAUCCUCAAGUUCAGUCCUCUGGUCACCGACGCCUACUUCCACUACACCCCGAGUCAGAUCAUGCUCGCAACAUUAUCAAUGGCAGACCACGACUUGUUCGAGCGCUUGAUCCUGGCCAUGUUCCCUCAUCAACCGAAUGGAGACUUGAACUCACAAAAGGCCGAGGUACUGACCCAGGCUAUUAAAGAAAAGACGGUGUCUACGGUCAUAGCCUGCAAGGAGAUGCUCAGCCAAGAGCCUCCGGAGCGAUUUACCAACUUUUGGGGGACGCCCCUCAUCCGGAAGCUCAAGAAAUGCAGAGACCCAGACAGGUUUGACCUCAUCGGCUUGCACAAAAAGAGGCUGGAGUUCAAGGAGAACGAGAAGAAGCCGUCCAAGGGUGCGGUAGAGGACGACGGGGCCGUCUUCAGCGGCAGCAAUGGUGCAGGCAAGGGUGACGCAGACCGCGACGCCAAGAGACGAAAGGUUGCUGAGGAUCCUUUCGGACCGCCUUUGUAG